GUAAUUUGAUCAAGUGCUGCUUGGAAAAUAUAUUCUCCGAAAGUCACGAGAGCCCGAGUCGAACUGAAAAAUGCCGUCUUUCUCAGCUGGUUUCUGAGAAAAGUCCGUGUCUUAAAGAUCAGCAUUGGCGCAUCUCUGAAAACCACCUAGUAUCGGCCGUGAGAAGAGCUUAGAUUUCUGAUACUUCAAGAGGAAUGCUUCAAGAGAAGUUGAUUGCAGACUGUAAUCAUUAUCUUCUUCAACGACUGCAAGUAGUAUAUACCAUGCAUCUCAGCAUCAUAGAUUGCUGCUUGAUUUGAAAGACUUCCGAUCAAGGGAGAAUGUAACGGUUUGAUAUUGUACUUCUUAUACCCUAUCAGACGUUGAGUCUGGUUUUUUAUCCAAUAUAUCUUUGAUUUAAUGAGGAGAGGAAAUGCGAAGCAAAAACGGAGGUUUAAGAAAAAAAAAUCCUUUAUGUACUUCCAUCACUGUAUUAAAAUAGCCUUUGCCUUUGUGAGUGACAGUGAAUGGCAAAGACCGCUCUGAAUGUGUGCAGUUUUCAUGAAGGAGUGAAUUGAAGUCGGGUCAGGAUGUAUACCGUGGCUUUCUAUUCAUCUACCGCAGAGUGACAGCCCACCUCAAUCCUGAAAAAAACUGAGAGCUUGAGUUUGCGACUGUCAAAUAUGUAUCAUGCAGCAAAGAGAUACAUGUAUUAGAAGUCGAGGACUUGGUGGUGGAGGUGUGCCAAAUCAGAUCAUAUCCAAGUUGUAAGGAAAACAUUUUCCAAGGAAGUUACAACUUGGUGAUUUGUCCGAGCUUUUACUUUGUCUCCGCCCUUGGAUCAAAGCACAGUGACUAUGUCUUCGGGGGACCGGAGCAAGAGCCGCUCACAGUUCCACAGAAGCCUUCCCAACACCUUUGCGGCCAAUCUUGAAGACUUGCAGACCUACAGCAAACAAUGUAUAACUGCGAUGAACUCCAUGUGUCAGGCCAGCGGGCACCUGGCCGAGACAUUUGCUGCCCUCUUCCAUGACACCUCUCUGGCAGAGGCGGCUCUUAGGAUGCAGGAGGUGACUCACGACCUUGGUUCACGGACGCAGGACGCCAGCACCCAGGUUGAAGAAGAUGUAACGGGUAUGAUGAAUAGGGUCAUCAACAAGGGGAGCAGUGAGAAGUCGGAAGAAGCUGUCCAGACUUUGGCCCGUUGUUUCUUGCUGAUGCUGCAGACCCAGUAUCAUUUCUUCCAGACUGCGGCUGACCUUCAUGCACCUCUGAGUCGUUAUCAAGAACUAGAAGAUCUCUUCAUUGGUGAAGAGUGUCAACCAGAAGUCAGGGAUGCUUGUUCGUCAUGGAUGUCUGCUGCACAGCUGACGAGAUCACUCCGACGCGGUGAUAGCUUGACAUCAGAUGAAGUCAAUCUCCUGGAGACUGAGAGAGGGAAGUCCAGUCAGGAUGAUCCUAAGCUAAUGGAAGCUAGGAGAAAACUAGAAUCACAAUCAAUGAUCUACAAACAUGAGAUUGCCAUCUUGCCCCAGACGAGCUUUGCUCUACUUGGUGGGUUUCACCUGCACCUGCAAUGCCUUUCGAUGCUCCUUCGCUCAUGCUGUAUGCCUAGUGAAGCACAGGACAUCAUUAAUAGACAUGGGAGCAGCCAAUUAGCCGCUAUGGCCAUGGGCAUAGGUAACCAGACUACAGUAGGUCAGACAGAGCCUCAAGUUAACCAGCAGGAAUGGUUUGAGGCAGUGUGUAGGGAGCUCAAGACUACAACCCUUCAGGUCGAUGGGACGCUUUGCAGGCAGACGUCCAACGUCGAGGAGGACUUCAACAUCAAAAUGAAAACCAUCAAGAACCUUGUGAAAGAGCUUGCAACCCACCUAGGUUUAAUGGUAGAUGUCCAGUCUAUUACAGCACAGAUUGUUAGUCAUGCAUGUUCAUCAUUAGCUUAUCUUCAUAGUCAGACAGCAGUUCAACUUCUCUUUGGAAGAGCGUAUGUGGUUACAGCCCGUGCAGCUGAGGUGGCUGAGCCGUACAAGAGGUAUGCUCAGGUCACUUCACAGGAAGGAGCAAUUGUAAUAGAGGUACCAUCGUUAUGGGACUUGGUGAUGGUGGGCGGAGCUGGUCUCCAAGGGGUGAGUCCUGAUGUACAGGACAAUAACAAUACUGGAUCAAGUCAGCAGGCUGAGCGACAGAAGCAGCAGCAGCAGUCACAGUCUGGGCUUGGAGCGUGUGAAGUGGUCUAUUCAGCCAAGAUUGAUCUAUUAGAUGUGGUAGAGAGAAGAAGAAUAUCCUUACCCAUCAUCCAAGUGAAGUUGGUCAAGAAGGACAUCACCAUCACGGUGACCGGUCCGCACACCAGCAUGUCCAGCACCUCGAUGACCUCUACCACCCAAUCCGACAGCCUCUCCUCACCUUGCGGGAUGAAGCGCACCAUCGAGAAGCUGGUUUCAAAGUUCCGUCAGAGAGUGCCCAUCAGCAAGGCCACGCCCGCGUCAUCCUCCCCUCCCUCCGCCACCACCGCCCACGCCUCACGGUCGGCAUUCUACCUCCCUAUCAGCCAGCUGGAAGUCCAGGCAGCGGUCGUUGGAGGAGGGGUCAGCCCGGGGAACGCCAGCCACACGGCAUGCAGCAGCUUGCUGUCUUCACCAUCAAUAUCGAGUGGGUCAUCCACGAUGUCGUCUAACAGCAGUCUGUACGAGAGAGAGACUCCUGAUUCUGAUGGACCAAAGAAUAUCAAGAUGGUGCCUGGUGAGAAAGUUAUCAAGUCUGACCCCAAGGACUAUGAUGGUAAGAGCCCAAUGCUAGGACCAACGGUGACCAUCACAUCAGAACCUAGUCCUGUAGAUGAGAAAAACCAUUGGGAGACAUCCAUUAUGAGACAACAUGAUUUGACAAGGACAAAGAAGGGUCUAGCCUCCGACUCUGUUCUGGCUGACCUUGUUAAUCUUCUGUCUGGAGUUAGAGCCAGAUCCUCCUCCCACCUGGAACCAGGAACCCAAGGCAACAAGCCCUUUCAUGACAGCGUCACCCGGACCUCAAGCUCUAGUAGUACCAGCAGCCAAGGUGGGAGCGGAUGGGGUGGACGCAGCGAUGCCAACGACAACGGCAACCGCUUCGGGAACUACAACCCAUCCUUCCAAGAGGGUGAUCUGAUAGAUCGCAUCCAGGAUCAGCACUCCAGCAUGUGGCCCGUGAAGGCUUUCCCCCACCAAGCCUCCCCUCACCAGGCCCAGCAGGACCAGGUGCCGCUACGCAGGAUGUCUUUCGAUAACAACAACGAAGCAGAUUUUGCCAACUACGUGGCCAUGAACCAGCUGGGGAAGCGGUCGAAGCGCUACGGGGACAACCUGAACGUUGCCCAACAGCAGCAUCCUGGGCAUUCACCUCAGCUCUCUCCAAGGCCUAUUGGGAAAACACAGCAGCAAUGGAGCGUUGGUAGCGUCAAAGAGGAAGGCCCUAUGAGCAAGACUUGGCCAUCAUCAGAUAUGGGUCCUGAAAGGAAUGAGAAUCUAAACAACACAUGGUCCAACCCAGCUCAUGACUCUGGUAGUUCUAGUGAUGAAGCAUCUAACAGUGGAGAGAACCCCAAUACUCUCAUGUCCAUGGUGCACAGCUCACCUGCAGGCUCGGGUCUACUUACUCCUGUAUCAAGAAGAAGACACAGCAGCGGAGAAGAUACCUUACACGGCAAACCAUUCUGUCCAAGCCCUGAACCUAGUAUGCACUAUCUGGAUGUUAUUCCAACGGACAAGACAGGCACCAAGACGUGGCCACCCAAGAUGGUUUGGCAGAGACCCAACUCUCCUCAACCCCCAUCCCUCGGGACAGGCGCACCACCAGGAGGGGGCGCUGGGGGUGGUCUCGGAAGCAGCACCAACCAACUCUGGCACCACCAGUCACCAUCCAGAGAACAUCUCAAUGUCCAUGCCCCUCUCACACCCCAGUGGAGUGAUCCUCUCUCCUUGAGGGCACCGUCGGUUUGGGCACCUAGCUCCACGCCGGUCUCUCCCUCUGGAUCCAUGAACACCAUAGCUACUUCCUCUACCGCUACCAGUCAUAGUCAAGGUGCAUCGCCCAACCUCUCCAUUAGAGGACAUCCCAAGCUUGAUAGGCGCUAUGCAUACACCUAUCAUUGAGGGGUGCAUCUUCAAUCACAGGUCUACUGUACUUUGAGGGUUAUCUUCGGGGGCAGCCCAAGCUCUCAGGAGGGCAUGGCAUUAUUCUUUAAAUAUUGUCUUCAUGUGUUGGUAAUAUGGGAAUUUCAAGGGCAGCAAAGCAUUUGAGGUGAGCACCUCCUUGCCUUGUGUUAAGUCACGCUCUGAAUUUGAUUUUUUUUUUCUUUUAUAGGAUUCUAAGGCUACAGUGAUCCAUAGUGAACUUCAAAUUUGGCAACAAAACUGUUAUUUGCACUGCAUUGUUUUUGCAAAUUUUGAUGAUACAACAAUGAUUUGGAAUAUAAAUUCCUUUGCCAAAUUGUUUUUCUGGCAUCAGUGACUGUCAAGAAAUAGUAGGUGGAGAUAUUUUCCCUCUAUUCUCUUUAUCUUGGAGUUGAUAGCUGUUCAGCUGAAUCAAAAAAUCAUUGUUGCAAAAUGAUUUUUAAAAGAUGUGAUUUCCGAUUAUAUAUGUCCCAUGCCUACAGGUUUGCACAUUGUAAUGAAGUACCUACAUUGUAGAGACUUACAAAACAUAUCUUAUGAUUGUAUUGUACUUUGCCUA